AUGAGUAGUUCUCCAGAUGAUUCCACAAGCCUUAUUUCUGAAAACUGCUUAAACAAAUAUGGCUCAACAGAUCCAGAAAGUCAUAUUCACUCCCCAGCUUUGAUUUCAGAUUUCGUUGCUGUGGGUAAAGCUUCAUUUCCCUUGAUUACUACUCUUUUCUUACAGUAUUCUAUAUCUGUGUUUGCCAUAAUUUCCGUUGGUGGGUUGGGAAAGAACGAAUUGGCUGCUGUUUCCCUAGCUACAAUUACUUAUAACGUUGGAAAUUCCAUUUUUAAUGGUAUGGCUACUAGUCUUGAUACGUUUUGUGCCCAAGCCUACGGUUCAGGUAACCAUAGACUUGUGGGUAUGUAUUUUCAAAGGGGCAGCGCCAUGCUAUUGGUGACUUCAAUUCCUGUUUUGUUAUUUUGGUGCUUUAGUGCUUCGAUUCUCAAAUUCAUUGUUCCACAGAAAGAACUACUUUUGCUAGCACAGACGUACCUCAGAUACUUGUCAUUUGGAGCUCCCGGUUACAUUCUAUUUGAGACAGGAAAACGAUUUUUGCAGUGCCAGGGUAUCUACAGUGCUGGGCAAUUUUCUAUCUUUUUGGUGGUACCCAUAAAUGUUGGUUUAAACUAUUUAUUGGUGUGGAACAAGUCAUAUGGAAUCGGAUUUGUUGGAGCUCCUAUCUCGAUAGCUAUAAGCUAUUGGCUCAUGAGCCUUUUUUUGUUAUUGUACGUGCUAUUCAUCGAUGGAAAAAAGUGCUGGUUUGGACUAGAGUUGAGACAGGCUUUCAAAUUAAGUGAGUGGUCCUCCAUGUUCGGGCUUGCAAUCAAUGGAACUGCUAUGCUUCUAUCAGAAUUCAUCGCCUUUGAAAUUUUGACUUUGGCCGCUUCAAGGUUUGGAACUACAGCGCUCGCUGCUCAGUCUAUUGCUUCAACAACCGCAACAAUGGCUUUUCAGAUUCCCUUUGGAGUUUCUGUUGCACUUUCAACCAAAAUAGCUGAUCGUGUAGGACUGCAAGAUCUAGCUGGACUUCGAAGAUUGACCAGAGUGACUUACACUGUCGCUGGAAUCUUGGGUGUCUUGGACGCUGGUCUUUUAAUAUUCUUCAGAUUUGCAAUUGGAAGAUGCUUCACUUCCGAUAAAAGAGUCUUAAUUGUCAGUCUGAAAAUCCUCACAAUCUUGGGUAUCAAUCAGUUGUACGAUUGCGCAAACAUCAUUCUUGCUGGUUUUCUUAGAGGACAAGGACGACAAGCAAUUGGCUCAAGGCUUAACUUGAUGAUCUAUUACUUGAUAGCUGUACCAUUAUCGUUGAUCCUAGCGUUCUACUUUGGCUUGGAUUUGUAUGGGCUCUGGAUCGGACUUGGAGUUGGAAUUUUCGUUUUGGCAUUGUCUGAAUUAUACUUUGUCUACAAUACUCGCUGGUUCCCAAUCUUUGACGAUGCUAGACAAAGGCUUCAAAAUUGA